GCGCAGUGGCGCUCGAUACGCCAUGUAGACUGGCGAGUUAAACAGUUUGCGGUCUUUGGUUAUAAAAUAUUUAAUGUUAUGGCGGCCGGUUUCGUUGGUUCCACGAAAAAUUUCCCUUUUUCAUUUGAUGUUGACGUCGAAGAAGAAGAAGAACCAGGACGUAGUACUCCACAUCUCAGCAAGCGUAUAGGCAGCGAGAGUCCGACGAGCGCUGUGGGGGCGGAGGCCCCGCGGGAGCUGCCCAAUGAGCUGUCGGCGCCCUACGAGGUCCCGCAGUUCCCCAUUGAACAGAUCGAGAAGAAACUACUCAUACAGAGGCAGCUUAAUGUAAAGGCAGCAGAAUGUGGUCAGUCUGUGAGGUCGUUCGCUGGCAGCGAGGCAGGCGCGCUGGAGGAGGCCGCGCGGCUGAGACUUGCCGACGAAGAGGAGCUUGACGUCGUGCUGCCUCACUUCCAGCGUGUCGCCAUCAGCGGAGAAGAUACAUCGGGGGUGCCGCUGGAGGACCUGCAGCAGGCCUCCUCGUACUUGGUGCAGGCGCUGGAGAUACGCAAGCGGUACAUGGAAAUGUCACAGCAGAGUUAUGCGACCAUCACGGCGCGGUUCGUGCGUAGCAUGGACGCUGAUGCCCCCGCCAACCACACGCCCAGUACUAAAGUACCGAGGAGUCAUAUUGCUGACCACAUAGUGCACCCGCCGUUCAGGGACAAGGACCCAUGGGAGUGUCCUAUGCCGGCAGCCAAGGGCUACAGCAUCAGAUCGGAUGAUGGUGUGUUCAACCUGUACCGGCCGCGGCAGGAGGAGGGCCAGAGGGAUGGGGCGGGGGAGGAGCGCGUGCCCUACGAGUAUGUGACGCUUACCCAGUACAUCCAGGACAUGAACACAAUGUGCAAUAUGAUAGCUGAUGGACCACUCAAGUCGUUCUGCUACCGGCGGCUGAGCUACCUGUCGUCCAAGUUCCAGCUGCACGUGCUGCUGAACGAGCUACGGGAACUCGCUUCACAGAAGGCUGUGCCGCACAGGGACUUCUAUAACAUCAGGAAGGUGGACACGCACAUCCACGCCGCGUCCUGCAUGAAUCAGAAACAUCUGUUACGUUUCAUUAAGAAGACCCUUAAGAACCACGCGGAUGAGGUGGUAACACUGCACAAGGGUACUCCGAUGACGCUGAAAGCUGUAUUCCAAAGCAUGAACCUCAGUACAUACGACCUUACUGUCGACAUGCUCGACGUACACGCGGACCGCAACACGUUCCAUCGCUUCGACAAAUUCAACGCCAAAUACAACCCGAUAGGCGAGAGCAGGCUGCGCGAGGUCUUCCUCAAGACUGACAAUUAUAUGAAUGGAAAAUACUUCGCGAGGAUCAUCAAAGAAGUGGCAUCCGACCUCGAGGAGAGCAAGUACCAGAAUGCGGAGCUCCGGCUGAGUAUUUACGGCAAGAGCGCGGGCGAGUGGGCCAAGCUGGCGCGCUGGGCCAUACAGUACCACGUGCACUCCAACAACGUGCGCUGGCUCAUACAGAUACCGCGGCUAUAUGACAUCUUCAAGUCGAACAAGAUUAUGAACAACUUCCAGGAGUUCCUUAGCAAUAUCUUCCAGCCGCUUUUUGAGGUCACCAAUGACCCUAACAGCAACCUUGAACUGCAUAAGUUCCUCACCCACGUGGUUGGCUUCGACAGCGUGGAUGAUGAAUCCAAGCCGGAAAACCCGAUGUUGGAUGCAGAGGUGAAGGUACCUGGUCAGUGGGAUGACGAGGAAAAUCCGCCAUACGCGUACUAUCUAUACUAUAUGUACGCUAACAUCACCGUACUCAACCAUUUCCGCAAGGAACAAGGUUUAAACACAUUUGUGCUGCGUCCCCACUGUGGUGAAGCAGGUCCUGUGCAACAUCUCGUCUGCGGCUUUAUGCUCGCUGAGAACAUAUCUCACGGAUUACUCCUUAGAAAGGUGCCAGUGCUGCAGUACUUGUACUAUUUAGCACAGAUCUCUAUAGCGAUGUCUCCUCUCAGUAAUAACUCGUUGUUCCUCAACUACCACCGCAACCCGCUGCCGGAGUUCCUCGCGCGGGGACUCUGCAUCACGCUCAGUACUGACGACCCGCUGCAGUUCCACUUCACCAAGGAGCCGCUGAUGGAGGAGUACAGCAUCGCGGCGCAGGUGUGGAAGCUCAGCUCCUGCGACAUGUGCGAGCUGGCGCGCAACUCAGUACUCAUGUCAGGCUUCCCGCACGAGAUGAAGCAGUACUGGCUCGGUCCCAACUAUAUGAAGGAGGGCGUCGCCGGCAACGACAUCACGCGCACCAACGUACCCGACAUACGCAUCUCCUUCCGCUACGAGACACUGCUCGACGAACUUACAAACAUAUUCAAGGAGGGAAUGUCGACUCGUCGAUAGAUCAUCAAGAACACAUCACUAAAAUUACCACAUCAACAUUAUUAUUUACAUAAAACAGACAAAUCCAUAUAAAAUGGCCGUGUUUACUAGGAGAAAAAAAACCUAACCAAUUCCUUGAAACACAAUUUAAUUUUUCAACACAACAUAUGUCGUUCCUUUAAUCACAAGAAAAAAUUUACUUCCCUCCAAAAAUGUCAAUGACAGUGACAUUACAUUUUUCUUUUGAGCAGUAAAAACAUAUCAUCUUUCUGCCACAUAAAUAAAAACUUUAAGAAAUAAUCAAAUAUAAAAACGAAUAUAAUAAUAUAGAUACAAACCAUAAAAGUGUUGAUUUAUUUUCAUUUAACUCUUUGUAAAAACUAAUAUUCUAACAUUGCCGUGUUAUAUGGAGUUUGUCGUUUAGGUUAAGUGACCCUGUUUAACUGUAGGGCUUUUAUAUGGUGCCCCAAUAUGCUUACCUUAUUAGGUGUUAAGUACAUAUGUGAUAAAUAUUUAAAACGCGAUAGGAUAUUAAGCUUGCAAAGUGCCAUUUGUUUAAUGUUUGGCUUCCAUAAAUGUUGUUUUCCCUUUUGCUUUCUAAAGAGAAAAAAGGAUAACAAUAUUUUAUAGAAGUUUUAGCUGUCACUCACGGUUUAGGGAUGCCCGAUUCAGGUAUCGAUACUUUGGAUAGUAAUGGAUCGUAUUGCAUUAUAUCGAUCCGAUCUGUUCGAUACGAUUUUUUAGGUUUAUAAUUUUUUUUUUUAUAAGAUCAAAGUUUCAGUAUCUUAUUAGUAAUUGUGGGUUAUAUUUUUUUUGACAUUGUUAUGAGGCAGUUAUUUUUAUAACUUUUACUUUAGUCCUUAUCCCAUUAAUUUUUGUCGGACUUCUUCGUUUUUACUCUCCAAUGGAUAAGAUCGUAAGCUUCGUCUGAUGUUAAAAGCGUGCUUUUUAAGUCGUUUCCCACCGUUGUCAGCCAUGUGACGUGUGGUCGUCCACGAAACAAAUUAUCCGACUUGGGAUUGAUGUUAAAAAAUACUUUUAUUUCAAAGAAGUAUGGUGACGGUGGACUGGUCUUUUUAUAUUGAAGCCCGUCUUCAUUUUCCAUGCUGUGCUGGGUGGUCAGCUGGAGUGCGGUGCAAGACAGUGUCAGUAUUUCCUCGAUAGCUUAUUGCUCAGUUCCACCGAGUAUUUAAUGUAUGAGUCAAAAUAUUCGUCUUGGAUUUGUUGUUAAAAAAAAAACAAUAAUUUAUUUAAAACUGAUUUACAAAGUAUAUUUUAUCUACUUUACAAAAGAUUACAAAAAGGCGGGCGGAUCCCCGUAAACUGAUAUAACAAUCACUCGCUAGUCUUGCAUAUCGCUGCCGACAACAUACUGCUGGGUGGCCGGCUAGGUGCGGUGCGAGGGGAUGUUUCCGUACUAUUCCUUGAUGCUUCAUUGUCCAAUUCCACGGAGUGUUUAAUGUCCUCCGUAGAACGCUUGGUAUGCAUGGAAUGUUCAUUUCUAUAUUUUCUAUUUUGUUGAUUUGGGACCUCUGACUCCCCUCCUAAAUUCGAAGUUCCAUGUUUUGAACAAAUACGGAAUCUUAACAUUUGUGAUGAAAAGAUGAAGAUUAAGAUGUUAGUAAUAGCAGCUAUCAAAGCAUACUGAAUCAUAUUAUGUCUGCUUUCGUAUUUAAAAUCUUUUAUUUGCUUAAUAUUUUUAAUCUGGUUGAUAUUUUUGAUGCAUACGUUAACUCCAUUUCUGUUACGUAAUUAUUCGCUUGUAAGUCCACUGCAUUUUGUAAAAUAGUAUCAAUUCGUUGAUAAAUGUAAAAUAAAUCAUUAUUUUUAUCUCUAGACUUACCAUGUCUAAUUAAUAAUUGUAAACUAUUAAAAUUUUCGUUACUAUUAUUCGAGCCUAUGCUCUAUAUUUAAAUUUGUAGAAUCGUCCAUUUGCCUUCGAUUAUUCUUGUCGACUUUUGUUCUAUUAUUACAAUUUUCAUUUGGCUCUAGCUGUCUGAAUCUGUAUCCACUACUGAAGAUGAACAGCAAUCUGCAACAAGAAGCUUCUCUACGUGAUAUAUUUUACCAUUACUUAAUUUAUGUUUAUUUCGUGGUUCUACACCAGUUAUCUUAAAUGGCCCUAAAUAUCUACUUUUUGUUUUAUGCCGUUCCGCCAUACUAUUCUUUAAGUAUGCGACAUCUAUCUUAAAUGUUUUUAUUUGUUUGAAUUUUUUACUCAUUCUGUUAUUUCUAUAUUCUUUUUGUCUUAUUAGUAAAUCAUCUUAUUUAAUUCAUUAGAAAAUUCUCGAUGUUACGCUAUAUAGUUUUGAACUAAUAGUCUAAAAUUAUCGAAACUUCUAAGUUUCGGUUUUCUACCAAAAUGAACUUCGUAAGUCAUUCCUAUCGAACUAUGCUGUGUAUUAUUAUAAUUAUGGGUUAUAAAAUUAAUCUUUUGAUUUUUAUUUAAAUCAGAAUCGUGUUGUAAUCUAAAUAAUUCUUGAAUAUUAUUAUGUGAUCUUUCUAAAUCUGAAUUUGACUUAUGAUGCUUUGACGUUGUUGUAUGAUUAACCAUGUCAUAUGUUUUAUAAAUAACUAUGUCAUAUGUUUUAUAAAUAACUAUGUCAUAUGUCUUAUAAAUAACUAUGUCAUAUGUUUUAAAUAACUCGCUUAGUAUUUCACUACAAAAUGAUUGCUCACCAUCGUGUACUAUCUUAUUUGGUGAUCCUAUUAAUGCAAAUAUUUCAUACAACGUAUCAUAAACUUUUGAUUUUUCUGUAGGCCUAAUGAUCGCGUAUUUAGAAAAUAUAUCCAUUAUAGUUAAAUACCAAUCUCUUUCAAGAGACAUAAAAUCAAUAUUGCACUUGCAUUAGUUCAUGUGGUGUUUCUGUUUCGGUUGGUAAAGUAUUAUAUGGAUGUCUAAUAUACUUUUCUCUCUGACACAUUUCACAAUUAUUUAUGAUUUGUUGAUCUUUCUCUUUUUUUCAAAAUAAUAUUUUUCAUGCAACUAACAAUAAACGCUAUCUAUUCCCGCAUGUCUGUUUUUAUAUAAAUGAUAUUUUUAACUAACUUUAAUUGUUCUUAAGUAUCAUUAACUUCGAUUAAAGAAUUGGUAUAUCUUACUCAUUUUAGUUUACUAUGGUCAAAGUAUUUCCUAUAGGUUUCUGACACUUCAUAGUACAAUUCAUCAUUAGGAAUUAUUAACGCAUAUAUUUCUUUAUUGAAUUAUUCUAGCAUCAACUCUUUUAUAGUUUGCUGUUUGUUGGUGGGUGGAAUAUAUAAAUAUAGCAUAUCCUUUUUUAUCUUACCUGAUUAAAAGGAGCCAGUUCGAACACGACACGAUUUAACCGUUGCAGUGGGUAUUUAUUGAUGGAAUGCCAGCGUCACAAUCCUCUUGACAACAAUGAAUCGUUACUUUUGACGACUCAUUGUCUUGAUUUACGGUCGUGCUAGUUCCUGUAAUGCUAUCAUUAUCUCUUGAAUUGUUACACUGGACUUCCAACGAAUUGUCGCUGAAGUGAUUUAACUAAAUUCGGCUUAACGCAUUGAUAGGAAAUAUUUUUUUGUUUUAUUUCAAAUACAAAAUUAUUAUAUCUCCCUUUUCUUUUUAAAUUUUGUAACUCACCUAUCAAUACGUUUAAAUUUUUUAUAAUCCGUACAUCUUGUUUUAAUAAUGUUUUUAUAUUUUCCCACAUUAUUACAGUCUGUGGAGUAUCCCCACCAGCUACGUUUAUGGGGUAUCCCCACCAGCUACGUCCGAAUCCGAAAGAAUCUCCCGAAUAUGUAGACACAAAAGCGAUUAAUUCUUUUGCGUCUAUUUUAUUAUUAUUUAUUAAUCCUACAGCAAAAUUAUAAUCUACUGUUUUGGUGUGAUCCACCUCGCCUUUCGUAUUUUUCUUAUAAGCUAUGGUUGCUGGUUUCAAGUGGAACUGAAUGUUGGAGGAUUAAUGCGAAAAGAUACUUACAUGAAUUAUCACGAUUUGCAUUGUCUGAUUUCUUUUGUUUCUGUGAGGUCCUCUUGCUUUAUGUCUUGAUAGACUUAGUCGACGCCGUUCCAGACCUCUCGCAGGAUUAUUACGAUUGUGCUUUUGGACUUGAAAUGCAGGUUUUGAGUCUCGCAGGAUUUUUAUUAUCGUGCUUUUUUUACUUUUCCUUACGUCAACCGCUGAAGGGCCCCGAGUUGGGCGUAGGUCAAAAUAUUCGUCUUGGACUUGUUUUGAGGGGAUGUUUCCGUAGUAUUUUUCCUUGACGUUUCUUUGUUCAAUUUCACGGAAUGUUUAUUGUCCUCCGUCGAACACUUGGUAUGUUCAUUUCUAUAUUUUCUAUUUUGUUAUCUGGGACUUAUAACUCAUAGAUGGCGCCUAGCCUAACCCUUUAUGAGUAACUAAGCUCAGGAGCCUCGGCUCGGGCCGUUACUUCGUUGUUAUUGCCGGAUUUGUUCAAUGUUGCUGGUGGACUGGCAUUUUUAUACUACAGCCUGCCUUUAUUUUGUAUACUGCGGUGGAGUGGUCGCAUGAAGUGCGGUGCAGGGGGGUCUUAAUGUACCAUUAUUCCUUGAUCGCUUAUUGUCCAUGUGAAUGGGUCAAUUCUACGAAGUGUGCAGUGUUCUAAAUGGAACGUGUGGAAUUAUAUUUUUUUUUUCAAUUCUCCUUGUUUGUAGCCAUUGAUUGUAUUGUCGAAUGGUGUUAUAUAAAUGAUUCGUAUCGAUACACUGAAACGUAUACCGGUAUCGAUCGACCAAAGUAUCGGAUUUGAUCGUGCAUCCCUAUCACGGUUAUAUUUCACAUUUGAGGUUAUGUUAUGAUCUUCCCGCUUUCUGUUUAAAAAUAUUUAAGUAACUCGAUGUUGCCAUGUUUCAUUUUUACUCUAAUGAAUUAGAUCUUUUUAUCUUCUAUGCAUUUUCUAUAUAAAUAGUUUUUUUUUUUGUAAAUUAAUUUAAGAUUAAUGAAUCAUGAG